AUAGACACCAUAGCUCCAUGAAAAGGCUGACUGAGAAGGGAGAAGGGGAAUGGAGAUGGAGAAGGUAAAAGAAGAGGAAAUGGUAGAUGGGUUGGAGUCAGGGAUGAGAGGAAAUAAAGUUAUGAGUUUGGUGUGGGAAGAUAUUACAGUAAUGGCAGACAACAACUCCUACUCGAGAUUGCUGACGAGCAAAGCAGCAAAAGGCAGGAAGUUGCUGAAUGGUCUAAGUGGGUUUGCCUUGCCUUGUCGAAUUAUGGCCAUUAUGGGUCCUUCUGGCUCUGGCAAAUCAACCUUGCUUGAUUCAUUGGCUGGGAGGCUUUCGCACAACGUAAUAAUGACAGGAAAUGUUUUGCUGAAUGGGAAGCAGAUAAGCAUAGGCUCCAGAAAUAUUUCUUAUGUCACUCAGGAAGAUUAUCUCUUGGGGACUCUAACUGUCAGAGAAACCCUCACUUACUCAGCUAAAUUGAGGCUUCCUUCCCCACUUACCAACAGUGAGAUCAAUGCAGUAGUUGAAAACACGAUGAUAAAGAUGGGACUACAGGAUUGUGCUGACAAAAAGAUUGGAAACUGGCAUUUGAGAGGAAUAAGUGGGGGCGAAAAGAGGCGACUCAGCAUUAGUCUGGAGAUAUUAACACAACCUCAUGUCAUGUUUCUUGAUGAACCCACUUCUGGCCUCGAUAGUGCUUCAGCUUUCUUUGUCAUUGGAGCUCUGAGAAACAUUGCUCUUGAUGGAAGAAUAGUGAUUUGUUCUAUUCACCAGCCAAGUAGUUUUGUCUUUGAUUUGUUUGAUGACUUGUACCUCCUCUCAAGUGGCGAAACCAUCUAUUUUGGAGAGGCAAAAGCAGCCGUCCAGUUCUUUGCUGAGGCUGGAUUUCCUUGUUCAACAAGAAGAAACCCUUCAGAUCAUUUUCUUAGGUGCAUCAAUUCAGAUUUCGACAAGAUAGCUGCAAUUCGAUUGCGAUCACAAAGAAUUUCUGGAGCUCCUGAAUCUUCAAAUUCUCAAAACAAUUUGAGUACAGAAGACAUCAUAGCAGUGCUUGUCCAAAAAUAUAAGAAGUCUGCAUAUUCAGUAAAUACAAGAAAAAGGAUCCGAGAGUUUGCACUUGUAAAUGAAGAGCAUGUGAGUGAUCUAAACAUGAACAACAGUUGGUGGAAGCAGCUCUGCACAUUGACUAAUCGUUCUUUCGUAAACAUGACAAGAGAUCUAGCAUAUUACUGGAUACGAACCCUAUUCUGUGUUCUAGUUGCAAUUGGAGCUGGAAUUAUGUUCUUUGAUAUUGGCUUAUCAAGCUCAGCAGUCAUAGCAAGAGUUAAAUGUUACGCAUAUUUUUUCGGCUUCUUGCUUUGCUUGUGUGUUGGAGGCUUACCCUCUAUCAAUGAAGAAUGGAAGGUACUGUACUACGAAAGAUACAAUGGGCACUAUGGAGAAGGUGUGUUUGUGAUUGCCAACUUCCUCUCGUCGUUCCCUUUCAUGGUGAUCAUCACUGUAUCGUCUGGAACUAUAGUCUAUUACAUGGUGAAAUUUCAUCUGGGAUUCUCCAUCUAUUGCCAUUUCUGCAUCAAUCUCUUCUGUUGCAUUUCUAUCAUGGAGACUAUCGCAAUGAUUGUUGCAUUACUUGUGAAUAAUUUCUUGACGGGCAUUGGAGUUUCAGCUGCUGUAAUUAUGGUUUUGACAAUUGCAUCUGGACUCUAUAGGCCACUGGCUUAUCUUCCCAAGUUCUUUUGGCAAUACCCCAUGAGCUAUAUCAGCUUUACGACAUGGGCUGUAGAGGGUCAAUACAAAAAUGAUAUGAUUGGACUCGAAUUCGAAUCAUGGCUGCCUGGAGAACCAAAGCUAAAGGGCGAGAAAAUCCUUAAGACUGAUCUAGGUAUCAAAUCAAACCACUCCAAGUGGUGGGAUUUGGCUGCCCUUUCAUUCUUAUUUUUGUGUCACAGGUUUAUCUUUUUUAUGAUACUCAAAUACAAGGAUAGAGCCCUAUGGCUAUCGCGUAGGCUCUUUGUCAGACACAAUCUUGAAUCCUUGGCCAAUAAACUCUCAGAUUCUCUUGGAAGGGACAAAUACACCAUCUCCAAGAGACACCAACCUCUCCAUCCAUUGUCUUCUCAAGAAGGUCUAGCAUCACCAUUGCCUUAAAAGUGUAAUUUUCCAAUACCAUGGUAUUUAUAGAGAAAAAUGGUAGACAAGUACUUCCCCAACAUCAUACAUCCAUGUAAAAAAAAAUAAUUAUCCUGCUUGGUUGAAGAACAUUUCAUAAGCAAUCAAGCAGCCUGUUUGCUCAUUACAAGUAAAUCAAGCAACCACUGCUCUGCUUUGAUCAACUAAUUUAUUUCUCAAGAGUCAAUAUAUGACAUAGGCAACGCUGAAGCUCUGUCCAAAUUACAAAAUUGAAGGAAAUACAAGAUUGAAGAUUGAAAUCCGUAAAAUUGCUUUGGGAGCUCUGCAUGUAUAAUCUACAAUGUAGUGUUUAAUAGUACAAGGUAUCAUUGUAAGAAUUAUAAUGCAUUAUUUGGUUAUAACAGUUUGCUUGGAACAAAAUUGAAUGACAAAAUGAUGAUGGCAACUGCAAAAUAAGUGCUUAUAAUACCCUCAUUUAUUAGCUUCAA